AUGAAGACUCCAUCUUAUUCCAAAGCACUCUGCAUUGCAGCCUUUGUCUCCUCAAUGGCCCAAGAAGCCUCGGCGUUCACCCAAGCUUCGUCAUUGGCGACAUCAUCAUCAUUGUCAUCAUCAACAUCAGCAUCAGCAUCAGCAUCAGCAUCAUCGAAUAUUGAAUUGCAGGCUUCGCUGGCAUCCACCAUUUACUUUCCUGGCCACAAUAGGAGUACUGGGUUUGGCACACCUCUUGACAAGAAGCAGGAGAACACUCCUGCAACUGCUCCUCCUCCGGCCCGUCAAAAUACCAUGGAACUCAUUGAUCAAUUCAAGCACGAUGCUUCUGUCAUUUUUGCCAUUAUCGAUUCGGAUGCCAGCGGCAGCAUUUCGAGAGAAAAGUUUGCCAAUCACUUGUUACGGGCAAAGUGUUCCGAACAAUUUGUCAAUGAACUCUUCGAUCGAAUGGAUGUCCACGGAAGGGGUGCCAUUUCGGACAGCGAAUUCCGAUCGCUUUACCUGACCGUGCCAUCCUUGCGAACCUUGCCAGGAAUGGGGCAAUUUGCGACGGAUCCCAACACCAUGGCAGUGGGUGAUGAAUUGUUUCAAUCCUUGGAUGUGGAUGGAAAUGGUUUCAUUGGUUUUGUCGAACUCCUAGUCCACCUCAACAAUAAUAAGAACAACCAAUUCUUUGAAGACGAGGCCAUGAUCAAGAUUUUCAGCUUGCUGGAUGCCGAUCAAGACUUGAGUCUGAGCAAACAAGAAUUUAGAGAUGCCUAUUGGCGAUACUCGGCAUUCCGAAAUGCCAUGAUCGUGGAAGGAGAACAAGAAGAACAAGAACGGGAACAAGAACAACAAUAA